GGGUACAGGGAGGACUGGUCUAGGUACUGCUCCUGAACUUGGUCUCUGAGCCAUGGCUUCCCAUAGACACUCAGGUCCCUCCAGGUACAAGGUGGGCACCAUGGCUGAGAAGUUUGACUGCCACUACUGCAGGGACCCCCUGCAGGGGAAGAAGUACGUGGAGAAGGAUGGCCACCACUGCUGCCUGAAGUGCUUUGACAAGUUCUGCGCCAACACCUGUGUGGAAUGCCGCAAGCCCAUCGGUGCGGACUCCAAGGAGGUGCACUAUAAGAACCGCUACUGGCACGACACCUGCUUCCGCUGUGCCAAGUGCCUGCACCCCUUGGCCAAUGAGACUUUUAUGUCCAAGGACAACAAGAUCCUGUGCAACAAGUGCACCACUCGGGAGGACUCCCCCAAGUGCAAGGGCUGCUUCAAGCCAAUUGUGGCAGGAGAUCAGAAUGUGGAAUACAAGGGGACCGUCUGGCACAAAGACUGCUUCACCUGCAGCAACUGCAAGCAAGUCAUCGGCUCUGGAAGCUUCUUCCCAAAAGGGGAGGACUUCUACUGCGUGACUUGCCAUGAGUCCAAAUUUGCCAAGCACUGCGUGAAGUGCAACAAGGCCAUCACAUCUGGAGGAAUCACUUACCAGGAUCAGCCCUGGCAUGCCGAGUGCUUUGUGUGUGUUACCUGCUCUAAGAAGCUGGCUGGGCAGCGUUUCACCGCUGUGGAGGACCAGUAUUACUGCGUGGAUUGCUACAAGAACUUUGUGGCCAAGAAGUGUGCUGGAUGCAAGAACCCCAUCACUGGGUUUGGUAAAGGCUCCAGUGUGGUGGCCUAUGAAGGACAAUCCUGGCACGACUACUGCUUCCACUGCAAAAAAUGCUCCGUGAAUCUGGCCAACAAGCGCUUUGUUUUCCAUCAGGAGCAUGUGUAUUGUCCCGACUGUGCCAAAAAGCUGUAAAGUGACAGGGGCUCCUGUCCUGUAAAAUGGAAUUGAGUCUUGUUAUUUGUGUCCUCACCCUCUGCCCUAUACCAUCCAUCGGGAAAGAGCGGCCUUUCACCUCUUCAAAGUUGUUCCUGUCUUUUCUCCCAUUUUACAGUAUUACUCAAAUAAGGGCACAGUGAUCAUUCUAGAAUUUAGCAAAACCAGCUCCACAGCAAAGUUAAUUUUGCAAUGGCUGCAUUAAAAAAUGAACACUUAGAUCGACUCUUCUGCAUGCUUAUCAUAGAGCAGAAAAGUGCUAACCAUUUAGCUGCUUGGUGAUGUAAGCAACAAGCCUAAGAAAUAAAGCCCCCACUGAGAUGCCCUUCGUGACUCAGCUGGGACCCACCGUGUCAUCACACGACACACAAGAGUUGUAGCGGCUGCUUCAACUCGCUGCUCACCCUGUGUUCUGUGAGCAGAAAGGGAAUUUACCGAAAUGCAUGGUUUAACUUCCUCAUCAAAACCUCCCUUCUGUUCUUUUGUGCUUUUGAUCUACUAAUACGAACUUCUAGAAAAUUAACAUUUGAACUUAGCUGUGAUUCUAGAUUGACCUUCCCCCCGUACUAACAUUUGAGUUCCCCGUGUGCCGUGUUUUCUGAACGUUCCUACUUUCAAGCAUGGAACAUGCAGGUGAUGUGGAAAGUGUAGGCAGAUAUGAGAGAACGAGCCUGUUUCAGAGGAACAUUGUCACAGUGAAUAGUUCUGGAAGCUUAACAAAACUAACCCAGCUGUCGGGUGUGUUUUUUAAUUAAUAAUAUUUUGUUUUAAUAGCAACAUAGAUUAUGGGUUUGGAGACUUGCAUGAAAAUAUUUUAGCCCCCUCAAACGUUCCUGCAGUUUGAAAUCAUCCUAUAGAAGUAACCAUAAAUCUCUAGAGGGGUAGCUGAGCAGGCAUCAGGACUGUCAUUGACAUGGAUGUGACAUUUCCAAACAGUGGCAAGUUGAAUCCCUUGUAACAUAGUAGUUGUUGCUCUUUUGUUGAUUUGUUAAAGAGGCUCACCAGUGUCUCUUGUGAUUCUUAGGACUGUUCCUCAAGAGCUUCGCUCGAUUUCUGGGGGAGUGGGGAGGUCACUAUCCUCACAGGCAGAUUUCCAUGUAGUGCUUAUCUGAGAUGCCUGAUCACCUACUUAUGUAUUCUAUCUAAUUGUUAUAUUACAUAAUAGAAUGAGAUGAUAUCAAAGUGAACAUGUAAUGACAAUACAUAUUAACAUUCUUGUAGCUAUGGUUAGAGAAGCUGAUGCCUCAUUUCUACAUUUUGUCAUUAGCUAAUAUCAUCUAACGUUUCAGUGUAUCCUGACAGAAAUAAAAGUAGCAUAUAAAUAA